AUGUUUAACCUCGUGGUUUUUAUAGAUUUAAAGAAAGCAUUUGAUACUGUCAAUCAUGACAUUCUACUGAAAAAGCUGGAAUUUUAUGGAAUAAAAGGUCAAGCUCUUGACCUAUUAAAAUCAUAUCUUUCAAAUCGACACCAAAAGUGUCAAGUAGAAAGUUUUGUUUCAUCAGAACACUUGAUUAAAUGUGGUGUGCCACAAGGUUCUAUUUUGGGACCAUUGCUGUUCUUGCUGUACAUCAACGACUUACCCGAGUGUCUUAAAAAUACAAGACCUCGGCUAUUCGCUGAUGAUACAAACCUCACAGCCUCUAGUCACUCCAAAGCUGACAUUGAGAUUGCAGUAAAUUCUGAUCUAGAAAACCUUAGGAACUGGUUAAUGGCCAAUAAACUUAGCUUGAAUGUGGCUAAAACAGAAUUUAUGUUGACUGGCUCUCCACAAAUGAUAAGAAAUGCUUCAAAUUCUCAACCAAAUAUUUUAAUUGAAAACAAACAAAUCCAGCAAGUUAAUAAAUCCAGAACUCUGGGAACAACAAUUGAUCAGCAUUUAUCUUGA